UAGCAAUUCAACCUAGAAGCAUCUGAACUUAUAAUCUCCUAACGUGGACUUUGGUUGCGGCUCCGUGGCUUUGAAUAGGCCUAAUAAUUAGUUGGAUCGGCCACGUAAAACGUUCUACCAAGAUAACUUCUUUGCCAUGUCAUUUCCAUACAGCACAGUUUGCAUGAUAAGAAGAAUUUAGCGAGAUAAUUACUAAUAGAAAUUCUGGGAAUAAUUGACCUCCACCAGCGUCCGACGAUCUGGGCUUGGAAAACUUGGUAUAUAAAAGCGCAGAGCGUUUAUCGAGCUAUCAGUUUCGUUGCAAAGUUCUUAAGAUCGCAGAAGAUCCUAAAGUAGUUUUUCCAGGAUGAAGUUUGUUAGUGUUUUACCAUUCUUGUUGGUUGGUGUGUGCGUUAUUAUUGGAAGUGUGGAAGCCAGACCUCAACAGUUACAGAAACGCGCGGAGCAAAAUGAGGGUUUGGAGUCAAGUGCAGAGGACGACCUGAAAGGAGCUGCUUCUUCGUAUAGUUUCGAGUACUACCCGGACACUUACCCAUAUACUUAUCGUUAUCGCUACAGUAACCCUUACUAUGGAUAUUACCGAUAUGGCGCUCCAUACUACUCAACGAGCUACUACCGUGGUGGACUCGGCGGAUUUUAUAGUGGACUAUUUUACUAAUUAUUGGAGACAAGGAGCUGCUAUUUAGUUUUCUUUUUUCUAUUCUAUACCAAAGUUCUGUAUUUGUAACCUUAUUCAACAAAUAAAAACAUUAAAUCUUAUAUGAGGGGAA